CAAGAGAGCGUUGCCUCCACGCGACCACUACGAGUUUCCUCUUCCUUUUAAAAAUUCUGUCGCCCACUGAUUUGAGAGAGAGAGAGAGAGAGAGAGAUGCAAUCGCUGCAGGAGAAGGCGUCGGUAUGGAGCGGCGUGGAUCGGGCGGACGCAUUCGCCAUCGACGACUCCAAUCUGUUCGAGAAGCUCGGUCUUCAGAGCUUCAUCAACCUAUCCACCAAUUUCUACACCAGGGUGUAUGAUGACGAAGAAGAAUGGUUUCGGUCCAUCUUUUCUGAUUCGAAGAAAGAAGAUGCCAUCCAGAAUCAGUAUGAGUUCUUCGUUCAGCGUAUGGGAGGCCCUCCUUUGUAUUCUCAAAGGAAAGGUCAUCCUGCUUUGAUCGGACGUCACCGUCCAUUUCCGGUGACUCAUGAAGCUGCAGAGAGAUGGCUGCAGCACAUGCAAAACGCUCUGGACGAUUCACUUGACAUUGACCACGACUCCAAAAUCAAAAUGAUGAAUUUCUUCAGGCACACCGCCUUCUUCCUUGUGGCUGGAAACGAGCUGAAGAAUCAGAAUCAGAACCAGAACAACCAAGUUGCGUGUAAACACGCUGCCAAUAAACCAGCAGAAGAAUAAUCAACAAGUGAUUCUUGUUUUAUUUGACUUUCAAAGUAAAACCAGCAGAAGAAUAAUUUAACAACAGAUUCUUGUACUACACAAAUUGUAAGAAAAUUGGUCUUUCCUAGCAAAGCUAUACAAGAGAAAUAGAUCUGGUAUUGGCUCUCAUUGGUCAUUGCAAUAUCAUUCCUUCUUUAGAUUCAAAUGUGUUGCAUUACAUUUUCA